CUACCACGAAACAUGAAUCACAAUAGUGCUACAAACUUACCUCAGCAGAGUCAACAAACACUACCAAUACAUUUUCAAUCAUUCAAUUCUUAACCAUGCCAAUCCGUUCUCGUGAGCCUGCACAAAGGCCAGGUUUCUUCCACCGACAAAGACCACUCCAUGCACUUCUUGGCGGAGGAAAGCUUGCUGAUAUAUUGCUAUGGAAAGACAAGAUAUCAUCGGCAACAAUGGUAGCUGGAUUCUCCAUGAUUUGGUUCCUCUUUGAAGUGGUCGAAUACAAUUUUCUCACUCUUCUUUGUCACAUCCUCAUCGCCGUGAUGCUCGUCCUAUUCGUGUGGUACAAUGCAGCAGGACUCAUCACAUGGAACCUGCCUCAAAUCUAUGAUUUUCAAAUCCCCGAACCCACCUUUAGAUUCUUGUUCCAAAAGCUCAACUCGUUCUUGAGGAAUUUUUACGACAUUUCAACUGGGAAAGACCUAACACUCUUCUUUGUGACAAUUACCGGUCUCUGGGUGAUGUCAGCUAUUGGGAAUUAUUUUACAACUUUGAAUCUCGUAUAUAUACUGUUCCUCUCCCUGGUGACCCUUCCCAUUAUGUAUGAGCGAUAUGAACAAGAGGUGAAUUAUCUAGCAAGCAAAGGAAACCAAGACGUGAAGAGAUUGUUCAACACAUUGGAUAAUAAAGUUCUGAACAAGAUUCCAAGGGGACCUGUGAAAGAAAAGAAGAACAAAUGAAUUUUAGAUUUGGGCAAGUGUGUAAAAGAUAAUAAUAAUUGCAAAUUUAUUUAUUCGCUACCACAAACUUGUAUAAAAAAAAUAUAUAAUUGAUAUUGUUUAAUGCAUUUUAGAACAUUCAUAAUUUAUUUGGAGAA